AAAGUCUCAUCGACAUAAAAUAACAAAGACACGAGUCCCUGCAACUCCAAACUCGGGACACUACUCAGAAGUCUUUCUGCACAAAGAAAAACAAAGCCACUAAACCACCACUGUCGCCGCCGACACCAGCACCACCAGUGAAAUCAUUCAAGCAGUGUCAUGCAUUGUUGGAGUUCCAUGAUCUAAAAUAGCUUGGACUUAAGCAAGUCACCACCACUAGGAAAGGUGGCAUUUGCCGGUAAGAAAGAUAGCACCCUCCUGCCAUUAAAGUUUUUGACUAUAUUCAACACUCUGUUCCACCAUAGAGAUACAUGACAAUGACCCCAUGUUUUGCUGUUCACAUGCAUGGAUUCAACGUCCUGGUGUGAAGUAUAAGCAUCCCCAACACUACCAGUAACCUCCUUCACAUGCAUAUUAUCUCCUACAUUGGGUUUUUAGCAUAAUCACGGCCAUCACCGCCGCUGGAAACACUACUUCACCAACUCCAUUUCUUAACCUUCGUAUAUCACCAAUCACGUAGCCAUUUCCCAUGGCCCGAAUGAAAAAUAUCACCCAUUUUGUUACAUUUUCCUCAUUCUUCUUCUACCUAACCAUGAUCAAAACUUUGCUGGUUACUUCCCUUUCAUCUGAUGGACAGGCCCUUCUCUCCCUUCUCUCUGUUGCCGACCCUUCCGCCAAAGCAUCCUCCUCUAUUCUUUCCUCGUGGAACCCAUCAAGCCCAACUCCGUGUACAUGGCAAGGCAUCACAUGCUCUCCACAAAACAGGGUUAUCUCCCUAUCUCUCCCAGACACUUUCCUCAAUCUCUCCUCUCUGCCCCCACAGCUCUUCUCCCUCUCAUCUCUACAACUUCUCAACCUCUCUUCCAUCAAUGUCUCUGGCAUCAUACCCCCCUUUGGCAAACUUACUUAUCUUCGCCUCAUUGAUCUCUCCUCCAAUUCCCUCACAGGUCCCAUUCCUCCAGAACUCGGCACUCUCUCUACCCUCCAAUUCCUUUUCUUGAACAGCAACAAAUUGUCUGGUAGGAUACCUCAACAACUAGCUAACCUGACCUCACUAGAAGUUCUCUGUCUACAAGACAAUCUCCUUAACGGGUCAAUACCAUCACAGCUAGGCUCUUUGGUUUCCCUCCAAGAGUUUCGAAUAGGGGGUAAUCCAUAUCUAACCGGAGUAAUUCCUGCUCAAUUGGGACUACUCAUUAAUCUCACUACAUUUGGAGCUGCGGCAACUGGUCUUUCCGGUGUGAUACCACCCACAUUCGGAAACUUGAUCAAUCUGCAAACGUUGGCACUUUAUGAAACUGAUGUAUUUGGUUCUAUACCACCUGAACUUGGGCUGUGUUCGGAGCUAAGGAACUUGUAUUUGCACAUGAACAAGCUCACUGGUCCAAUCCCUCCACAACUGAGUAAGUUGCAAAAGCUCACUAGCUUGCUUCUUUGGGGCAAUGCACUAUCUGGACCAAUUCCAGCUGAGCUUUCUAAUUGUUCGUCGCUUGUGGUGUUUGAUGUCUCUGCCAAUGAUAUUUCUGGAGAAAUCCCGGGGGUUGGGAAGCUAGUGGUUCUUGAACAGCUUCAUCUAUCAGACAAUGAGCUAACGGGGAAAAUACCGUGGCAGUUGAGCAAUUGCACAAGCCUCACUGCUAUUCAGCUCGAUAAGAAUCAGUUAUCAGGGACGAUUCCAUGGCAGGUUGGUAACUUGAAAUUCUUGCAGAGUUUUUUCUUGUGGGGCAAUUCGGUGACUGGCACCAUACCGUCUUCAUUUAGGAACUGCACGGAACUGUAUGCGCUUGACCUUUCGAGGAACAAACUUACAGGGUCUAUCCCAGAAGAGAUUUUUGGUUUGAAGAAGCUGAGCAAGCUUCUGCUUCUGGGGAACUCGUUAUCAGGAGGGUUGCCUCGAAGUGUUGCCAAUUGUCGGUCUUUAGUGAGAUUGAGGCUUGGGGAGAAUCAGCUUUCAGGUCAGAUUCCUAAGGAGAUAGGCCAACUGCAGAAUCUUGUCUUUCUUGACCUGUACAUGAACCAUUUCUCUGGUGGCCUUCCAGGUGAGAUUGCCAACAUCACAGUUCUUGAGCUAUUGGACAUGCACAAUAACUACAUUACUGGGGAAAUCCCAUCCCAGCUUGGCGAGCUUGUGAAUUUAGAGUUGCUUGAUCUCAGCAGAAACAGCUUCACAGGCCGAAUUCCUUGGAGCUUUGGAAACUUCAGUUACCUGAACAAGCUCAUUAUCAACAAUAAUCUACUGACAGGUUCAAUUCCAACAUCUGUUAGGAACUUGCAGAAACUAACUUUACUUGAUUUGAGCUACAACAGCCUCUCUGACGCAAUUCCACCUGAAAUUGGUUACGUAAAAAGUUUGACAAUCAGUUUGGACUUGAGCUUCAAUGGUUUAACAGGGGAAAUUCCUGAGACAAUGGCCAGUUUGACACAGUUACAAUCACUCGAUCUUUCUCAUAAUAUGCUUUAUGGGAAAAUAAAAGUUUUGAGUUCCUUAACUAGUUUAACAUCCCUUAACAUUUCCUACAAUAAUUUCUCAGGUCCCAUACCUGUGACACCAUUCUUUAGAACCCUAUCUCUCAAUUCAUACCUUCAGAACCUGAAUCUUUGUGAGUCCAUCGAUGGGUCUACAUGUUCUACAAGUCUCAUUCGGAGAAAUGGAUUAAAAUCUUUCAAACCUGUUGCUUUGAUUUUAGUUAUUCUUGCUUCAGUAACCAUUCUAGUUCUUGCAUCAUGGAUUCUACUAAUGCGCAAUCCCAAGUAUAUGGUGGAAAAAUCUUCAGGAACUUCCAUAUCUUCACCAGGAGCUGAAGAUUUCUCCUAUCCAUGGACUUUCAUCCCAUUUCAAAAGCUCAACUUCAGCAUUAACAACAUCCUUGGUUGCUUGAAAGAUGAAAAUGUUAUUGGAAAAGGCUGUUCUGGGGUUGUCUAUAAGGCAGAAAUGCCCAUUGGUGAGCGGAUUGCAGUGAAAAAGCUAUGGAAAACUAAAAGAGAUGAAGAACCAGUGGACUCUUUCACAGCAGAGAUUCAAAUUCUUGGGCACAUUCGGCAUAGGAACAUUGUGAAGCUGCUAGGUUACUGUUAUAAUAAGAGUUUCAAGCUGCUUCUCUACAACUACAUUUCAAAUGGUAACCUAAAACAGCUGUUACAGGGGAAUAGAAACUUGGAUUGGGAAACUAGGUACAAGAUUGCAGUUGGUUCAGCUCAGGGUCUUGCGUAUCUUCAUCAUGAUUGUGUGCCAGCAAUUCUUCACAGAGAUGUUAAGUGCAAUAACAUACUUCUAGAUUCCAAGUUUGAAGCUUAUCUGGCAGAUUUUGGUCUUGCAAAAUUGAUGAACUCUCCAAACUAUAAUCAUGCAAUGUCAAGAGUAGCCGGGUCUUACGAAUAUGGAUACGCCAUGAACAUAACAGAGAAGAGCGAUGUCUACAGCUAUGGUGUGGUGCUGCUGGAAAUUUUAAGUGGGCGCAGUGCAGUUGAACCCCACGUGGGUGAUGGGCUCCAUAUUGUUGAGUGGGUGAAAAAAAAGAUGAGAAGCUUUGAGCCUGCCGUAUCAGUGCUAGAUGCAAAGCUCCAAGGCUUAGCUGAUCAAAUCGUGCAAGAGAUGCUUCAAACACUUGGAAUUGCUAUGUUUUGUGUGAACUCUUCACCAGCAGAGCGGCCAACCAUGAAGGAAGUGGUGACCCUAUUAAUGGAGGUGAAGAGCCCACCUGAAGAAUGGGGAAAGACUUCUCAACCUCUAAUAAAGCAGUCCUCAAAUCAAAGUUAAUUUUUUUAGUAUCUUUUUCUCUCUCUCUCUCUUCCUUUUGAGGGUAUCAACAAUUGGUUUUAUUUUGCAUUUUGCAUCCCAAGAAAAGAAGAAAUGAGUGAUGUUAUUAUGGAUAAUGAGGAAGAAGUCCUAGGUUAAUGGCACUAUCAAGUUUGGAUGGUGGUCUUGGGCUUGUGCAGUUCUGAAAACAAGAAUGUGGUUCAUUUCACACAUCUUGUUCUUUUAAAAUCUCCACUGUCAUGGUCUCUAACG